GUGAAUCAGUUUGGUCGAUUUUCACGUGUGCUGGCCUGGGUCGGUUAAGGGCUAGCUGGUUUGGCGGUAUUACACCUGUGUCGCGAAACACGCAUUGUAUGUCGAAAGUGCAAGUGCUUUUGUUUGUUAUACACGGAUUGUUGCUAUCGUUACGCGCGUCUCCGGAGCUCGGUUUUUGUCGCGUAGAGCAACGUUAGUUAGUUAAACGCCCAUUCCAUUCGCCGCGCGCGUUUCACGUGUGUGUUUAGAGACCAGAUUUGCAUAGCAAAUAACAAAGACGGAAUUAUUGCGCCUUGAAACGAGGAAUCUUGUUUUUUUAUUUCUGUUGUGUUUUUUAAAGUUGUAUUGAUUAAGGCGCUAGCGUUAACGAAUUUGUGUGGUAGCGCACCUAACGAGUGAAUGUUCGUGACCUUCGCCUGUGGAGGAUUGCUUUGGCAUUUAAAGUAAAGUUGGUUGAUUAUAUAUGUGCUAGAACGGGUCGACGGUGUGCGAAGUUGUUGCUUGAACAAGUUCUUCGUGUGUUUCGUUUGUGUGCGAAAAAAGUCUCCGCAUCACAACAAAAAGCGGAAGCUGACUGACUCGUUCGGUCGUUCGAUGCGAGAAUAUUAAUUAUAUGACCGUCAAUAUUACUCGUAAUAGCUGUCGUCGUGAGCAGUGGCAACUCAGGAGGUAACAACGAUUUCUGUGGAAGCGCAGUAUCAACAGCGUGAGAUCAGCGGGUGUAUAAUCGUAACUCCCAAUCAGGACGGAAUUGCCAGAUGUAGUUAAUGGAAACAAUAAAACUCUUAUUACAGUGAGAGCUAGUGCAGUGAAACCAAGAUCUUAGCACACUUUCGAGCUCCCAGACACGUGUAUAAGGGCGCCAAGCCACGAAAUUAGACCAUAACAUCGGCAUAGCGGAUCCCAUGGAACAGGUUCCGUACUCCGACGCUUUUACACAGUGCAGACCAGCUCCGCUUGAGCAGUAUUGAGGUACAGUUAAUUUCCCGGUGCUCUUAUGUCUAAAUGAAACAUUAAACCAGGUUGUGCGCUGUACGGACGAAAUCGCAAAAGAAGCUACCUACAGCAGAGCUAGGGGGUAUAAAAUAAGUGCCCAAAAAGUAUAACCAACCAUCGUGUGGUUCGCGUGUCCACCAAAGCCGCCAAACGAAACUUUACUGUGAUUUGUGCUCAACAAGGUAACAGUAAAUAGUCCGCCUUUUGUUCGGCGGAGCCAUUCCAGUGACUGCUCUACUCAGUAGAUAUAGAUACAAUCAUCGCCGGUCGACGAUCGCCGCCGGAGCGUGUGCCGUAUUUCAUGACUUCCCUGUGAAGCCGGCUCUGGUGCAUAUGCUAAUAGCAGUGUGAUUGAAUUUCAGCGCAAUGACAGCUGCCCGUUUUUGAAUGCUGAUUGUGUACGGUAAAUAGAGAGAGUGUGUGUCUGUGCGUAUGUGUUGAUGUGCAGUUAGUGUACGUAAACUCACUCAAGUGAAGCGAGAAAGGAAAAAGUCUCGCACAGCGAUACAACGAAAACAUUGUGUUCUUCGGGCAAACAGGAGAUAAGGGAGGGGAGUUCCCGGUAUUUGAGGAUUAUUUACCGUCUGUUUAGCGGAGCAAUAAAAGAAGUUCGAAACCAGCAGAAGAUUUAUCCACACUGCAUAGUUACUUGCGAUAACUCUCUUCUCGGAUGUUACAUGACAUUUGAGACCAGCGCGAGCGGACAAGUGGCAUUUAUUCGCACGCAGUACAAGGACAAUGAAUAUGCACAUCAAACGCAUACAUCAAGUAUAAAAAGACUUCGCAGCCAACUAUCAGAGUACAGGACAAUCGCAAGGCCAGUUGCUACGAACCUAUUGAUUCUAACAGCCUCUCCCAGCCGAGAUUCGAACAUACGACGGACUGGCUUAUUUAAUAGAAGCUAACUGAGGGUAAAGGUACACAGAUUAAUCAGCAUGUGAAGUUCUCCUACCGAGACUCGUCCCAACAGCCAAGAAUAAGGGUAAGGAGCACGAAGCGCAAUUGCCAUGGGCGCCAACAAAGUGAUACUAGUAGUGCUAGUAGCGUUACUUACGCACAAUUUGGCGAGCUCAUUUCCGCAGAAUUAUGAUGACGUGAUAAGAGCCGAUCCGAGGAUAGUAACCUUCGUCAGUGCCGGUGCUGGUGGUACAAACAGUAAUGAACCGAGGUUCACAUGUCCAGAGCCGAUCCCAACCGUCGACUGCAGCUGCAUGUACGCCAGUACCGAUUAUGAGAUUCAAUGUCCUGUUAUUAAUCCGGAAAUUACGGUGAAAAUCGAGCCCGGAAUCUACGCACAGAUACAAUGCUACGAAAAACACGAGUUUAGCGAAAUGCCAACACUGAACGUGGGUAACACGACUCAGGUGAAAAUUAUCCACUGUCCGCUACCGCAGCGGAAAUCCAUUCGGCAGUUUAUAAGCUUCCUUGGUGUUAAGCAUGUCAAAGAUUUCUGGUAUCAGAACUAUGGAAAAGAUCUGGGCGUUCGCCUGGUUCGACAACAUUUCGAGGGCAUGCAUGAACUGGAGAAGCUAAUCCUAAGUUCCGGUAUCGAAGACAUCCAGCCGGAUUUGUUUGCUGAUCUGCCCAAUCUCAAGUGGCUAAUUCUACGAAGUAAUCACGUUAAACUGCUACACAAUGUGUUUGACAACCUAACAAAUUUGAUGAUUUUGGAACUUGGCGCUAAUCAGAUCACCGAGCUAGAGCCGGGUCUAUUCAAAAACCAGCGAAAACUUCGUCAGUUGAAUCUGUGGCAAAAUCAAUUACGAAACAUUACCAAAGAAUCGUUCCGAGGGGCCGAGACCCUCCAAGAGCUUGAUCUCUCCGUCAAUGCCAUCGAAUCGCUAGAACCGGAUGUGUUCAGUUUGCUGCCCGAUCUGAGCGUGCUCAAUCUUAGUUUUAAUCGAUUCGUUAGUCUGCCAAAGAUCCUUCUAUCCGACAAGCGUAAGCUCAAGGAGGUUAAGUUUAUCAAUAACCAAGCGCCGCUGCCAACUCUGCCCGAGAAUUUCCUCAGCAAUUUACGACAGUUGAUUACCGUCAUACUCAACCGAUGCAGCUUCACUCAUCUUCCUGCAUCACUGCUGCGAGGUUCCACCGAAAUUACCCACCUAGAUCUGAGUUACAAUCAGCUAAAUUCACUACCAGAAAUGCUUCUGCGAGAUCAAAUGAAACUUCAGGAUCUAAACCUUGCCUACAACGAACUGGAAACACUUCCCGAGGAGCUCUUCCGAAACACUAAAGAACUUCUGACUCUUCAAUUAUCAUACAACCGGCUGUACAACCUGUCAGCAGAUAUUUUCGCUUCGCUUGCUAAACUGACAGUCCUGAAUCUGGACAACAACCAUCUUCACGUCAUCGAUCGAUUCACCUUCAGCCGAACUACCGCACUGGAGAAACUCUACAUGCAGAACAACCAGCUGUCCUUCCAUGACUUCAGCUUCGUCAUCCAGGAGCAGGAUAUCACGGACAGCGAUGGCACACCGUUCCAAUUUCUGAACAAUCUACGCAUUCUCAACCUGCGCAACAACAGCAUCACUACCAUCUUCCGCGAUUGGAUCUACAAUAUGCCUGAACUGCGCGAACUGGAUCUCAGCUACAACAACAUCUCCACCCUAUCGUACCCUAGUCUGCAGUUCCUGUCGCAGGACAUUCGCGUUAAUCUAUCCCACAACCGAAUCUCGGAGAUUGACCUGAAAGAUAUGGAACCCAUCAUAACCUCCCAGCGUGAACAGGACAACGCUAAAAUUCAAGUGAACGUCAAUGAUAACCCGCUGAACUGCAAUUGUGUUAUUUUCUCCUUCGUCCAGUACAUGUUGAACCAGCUGGAUAGAGCCGUGUACAGAAGAAUUCAGUUCUACGCCGAUCGGUUGCUCUGUGCAGAACCCAAAGAACAUCAGGGUCAGCUGGUUGAAGAGCUCCACCUCAAAGAUCUACUCUGCCCGCUGGAUCAACCGGGCACGGAAAUCAAACAUUGCCCGGCGAACUGCAGCUGCUUUGUCCGUUUGGUCGAUCGCAGAGUUAUCGUUAACUGCACUGGGCAGGGUCUGCUAGAGGUACCGGCCCUUCCUCAGCCCGCUUUGUUCGGGUUCCAAUUCCUGGAGCUGCACAUCGAGAACAACAACAUUACCCGCUUGCCAACCGGGAUUCUCACCGGAUACUCAAAGGUUGCCGAACUGUAUGCUCACAAUAAUGCCAUCUCACAGCUGGAACCGGAAAAUCUGCCUUCCAGUCUACGCGUCCUGGAUGUUACCAAAAACAAGUUGACCAUGAUAAACCAGACGGUUGUCCAGAUACUGAAUGCUAGCAAACAGCUGGAGAGUUUGCAGCUUUCCGACAACAAGUGGCACUGCGAUUGUGCUUCUUCGCAAUUUUUGAACUUCGUUCAGCAGAAUCAUCGGCGGAUUGUUGACAUCGGGAAGAUGACCUGUGAGAAUGGUAACGGGUUCGACUACAUUACCGUAAAUGAUCUUUGCCGCGAGAAUACGACCGUGCUCAUUACCGUCAGCUUUAUUAUGUCGAUUUUGGGACUGCUACUUGGAUUGCUCACGAUGCUGUACUUUACCUACCAAAUGGAAAUCAAGGUUUGGUUGUUCACGCAUAACCUGUGCAUGUGGUGGGUUUCGGAGGAAGAACUCGACAAGGACAAACUGUACGAUGCCUUCAUCUCGUACUCGCACAAAGAUGAAGACUUCAUCACCGAACACUUGGUACCGACGCUGGAGAAAGAGCCGAUGAGCUUCAAAACCUGCUGGCAUGUGCGGGACUUCAUGCCGGGAGAAUUGAUUCCGACUCAAAUCGCCAAAUCAGUGGAAAAUUCUCGACGAACAAUCGUUGUCCUUUCGAAGAACUUCCAAGAAUCGGUCUGGGCUCGAAUGGAAUUUCGAACGGCCCAUCUCAAUUCGAUGGCCGAAAAUCGCGUGCGAGUUAUCGUCAUCAUCUACGACGACGAUUUGGAUAUGGAGCAAAUGGACACUGAACUGAAGGCCUACCUUAAAAUGAACACCUACGUCAAGUGGAGUGACCCGUGGUUCUGGGACAAAUUGCGCUACGCUAUGCCACAUCCACCAACUGUGAAAAGUUCAAAGAGAAAAGGUCUAAUAAAAAACCGCAUCAAACCGUCCAUCGACGACAAACCGGAAUUAAUCAAGCCGGUUCCGGUUACCACCAACGGAGGACCCUUGAUGAUCGGCCAUGGACAUGUCAACAGAGCGUUCACCAUCUACACCAACGCCAAACAAACUGACGAAACACGAAGCGCAAUUGCCAUGGGCGCCAACCAAGUGGUACUAGCAGUGCUAGUAGCGUUACUUACGCACAAUUUGGUAAGCUCAUUUCCGCAGAAUUAUGAUUACGUGAUAGGAGCCGACUACGUCGGUACUGGAGCAGGCGGUCCCGGUUCGAGUGGAGCAGCCGGCAUCGGUGCCGGCGGUGGCAGCGCAAAUGGUAAUGAACCGAGGUUCACAUGUCCAGAGCCGACCCCAACCGUCGACUGCAGCUGCAUGUACGCCAGUACCGAUUACGAGAUUCAAUGUCCUGUUAUUAAUCCGGAAAUUACGGUGAAAAUCAAGCCCGGAAUCUAUGCACAGAUACAAUGCUACGAAAAACACGAGUUUAGCGAAAUGCCAACACUGAACGUGGGUAACACGACUCAGGUGAAAAUUAUCCACUGUCCGCUACCGCAGCGGAAAUCCAUUCGGCAGUUUAUAGGUUUCCUUGGUGUUAAGCAUGUCAAAGAUUUCUGGUAUCAGAACUAUGGAAAAGAUCUGGGCGUUCGCCUGGUUCGACAACAUUUCGAGGGCAUGCAUGAACUGGAGAAGCUGUUCCUAAGUUCCGGUAUCGAAGACAUCCAGCCAGAUUUGUUUGCCGAUCUGCCCAAUCUCAAGUGGCUAAUUCUGCGUAGUAAUCACGUUAAACUGCUACACAAUGUGUUUGACAACCUAACAAAUUUGAUGAUUUUGGAACUUGGCGCUAAUCAGAUCACCGAGCUAGAGCCGGGUCUAUUCAAAAACCAGCGAAAACUUCGUCACUUGAAUCUGUGGCGAAAUCAGUUACGAAACAUUACCAAAGAAUCGUUCCGAGGGGCCGAGACCCUCCAAGAGCUUGAUCUCUCCGUCAAUGCCAUCGAAUCGCUUGAACCGGAUGUGUUCAGUUUGCUUCCCGAUCUGAGCGUGCUCAAUCUUAGUUUUAAUCGAUUCGUUAGUCUGCCAGAGAUCCUUCUAUCCGACAAUCGAAAGCUCAAGGAGGUUAAGUUUAUCAAUAACCAAGCGCCGCUGCCAACUCUGCCCGAGAAUUUCCUCAGCAAUUUACGACAGUUGAAAACCGUCAUACUCAACCGAUGCAGCUUCACUCAUCUUCCUGCAUCACUGCUGCGAGGUUCCACCGAAAUUACCCACCUAGAUCUGAGCUACAAUCAGCUAAAUUCGCUACCAGAAAUGCUUCUGCGAGAUCAACUGAAACUUCAGGAUCUAAACCUUGCCUACAACGAACUGGAAACACUUCCCGAGGAGCUCUUCCAAAACACUAAAGAGCUUCUGACUCUUCAAUUAUCAUACAACCGGCUGUACAACCUGUCAGCGGAUGUUUUCGCUUCGCUUGCUAAACUGACAGUCCUGAAUCUGGACAACAACCAUCUUCACGUCAUCGAUCGAUUCACCUUCAGCCGAACUACCGCACUGGAGAAACUCUACAUGCAGAACAACCAGCUGUCCUUCCAUGACUUCAGCUUCGUCAUCCAGGAGCAGGAUAUCACGGACAGCGAUGGCACACCGUUCCAAUUUCUGAACAAUCUACGCAUUCUCAACCUGCGCAACAACAGCAUCACCACCAUCUUCCGCGAUUGGAACUACAAUACGCUGGAACUGCGCGAACUGGAUCUCAGCUACAACAACAUCUCCACCCUAUCGUACCUUAGUCUGCAGUUCCUGUCGCAGGACAUUCGCGUUAAUCUAUCCCACAACCGAAUCUCGGAGAUUGACCUGAAAGAUAUGGAACCCAUCAUAACCUCACAGCGUGAACAGGACAACGCUAAAAUUCAAGUGAACGUCAAUGAUAACCCGCUGAACUGCAAUUGUGUCAUUUUCUCUUUCGUCCAGUACAUGCUGAAGCAGCUGGAUAGAGCCGUGUACAGAAGAAUUCAGUUCUACGCCGAUCGGUUGCGCUGUGCAGAGCCCAAAGAACAUCAGGGUCAGCUGGUUGAAGAGCUCCACAUCAAAGAUCUACUCUGCCCGCUAGAUCAACCGGGCACGGAAAUCAAACAUUGCCCGGCAAACUGCAGCUGCUUUGUUCGCCCGGUCGAUCGGGGAGUUAUCGUUAACUGCACUGGGCAGGGUCUGCUAGAGGUACCGGCCCUUCCACAGCCCACCUUGUUCGGGUUUAACUUCUUGGAACUGCACAUCGAAAACAACAACAUUACCCGCUUACCAACCGGGAAUCUCACCGGAUACUCAAAGGUUGCCGAACUGUAUGCUCACAAUAAUGCCAUCUCACAGCUGGAGCCGGAAAAUCUGCCUUCCAGUCUACGCGUCCUGGAUGUUACCAAAAACAAGCUAACCAUGAUUAACCAAACAGUUGUCCAGAUGCUGAAUGCUAGCAAACAGCUGGAGAGUUUGCAGCUUUCCGACAACAAAUGGCACUGCGAUUGUGCUUCUUCGCAGUUUUUGAACUUUGUUCAACAGAAUCAUCGGCGGAUUGUUGACAUCGGGAAGGUAACCUGUGAGGAUGGCAAAGAGUUCGACUCCAUUACGGUCAAUGAUCUUUGCCGCGAGAAUACGACUGUGAUUAUUACCGUCAGCGUUAUUUUGUCGAUUCUGGGACUGCUAAUUGGAUUGCUCACGGUGCUGUACUUUACCUACCAAAUGGAAAUCAAAGUUUGGUUGUUCACGCAUAACCUGUGCAUGUGGUGGGUUUCGGAGGAAGAACUCGACAAGGACAAACUGUACGAUGCCUUUAUCUCGUACUCACACAAAGAUGAGGACUUCAUUACCGAACAUUUGGUACCAACGCUGGAGAAAGAGCCGAUGAGCUUCAAAACCUGCUGGCACGUGCGGGACUUUAUGCCGGGAGAAUUGAUUCCGACUCAAAUCGCUAAAUCAGUGGAAGAUUCCCGACGAACAAUCGUUGUUCUUUCGAAGAACUUCCAAGAAUCGGUCUGGGCUCGGAUGGAAUUUCGAACGGCGCACCUCAAUUCGAUGGCCGAAAACCGCGUGCGAGUUAUCGUCAUAAUCUACGACGACGAUUUGGAUAUGGAACAAAUGGACACUGAGCUGAAGGCCUACCUCAAGAUGAACACCUACGUCAAGUGGGGCGAUCCAUGGUUCUGGGACAAACUGCGCUACGCCAUGCCCCAUCCCCCAACCGUGAAGGGACUGAAGGGAAAAGGUCUAAUAAAAAACCACAUCAAAAGCUCCAUCGAUGACAAGCUGGAAUUAAUCAAGCCGGUUCCGGUUACUCCUCCUCCACUUACGACUCCCCCAGCGGAAAUGAAUGGACUGCGGACUCCUCCAUUUAUCAUUUCGAAUGGUAAACCCGUGGCCGGAAACGGCCACCAUGCGACCACCAACGGAGGACCCUUGAUGAACGGGCAUGUUGCAAAUGGACACGUCAACAGAGCCUUCACCAUUAACACCAACGCCAAACAAAGUGACGUAUAGUCGACAGCGCCAGCGUCAUCAAUUUUCUAAACAAAGGGCGCCACCAUCCGAUCUAUGUAGACUAAUUAGCAGUGGUAGCAUUAGUAGCAGCAGUAACCAAACAUGAAUCAGACUGAGACAGGCGUGAGAUUAUAGACGAAGAAAAAACUCAUAGAAAAACGAUAACUCAAAUCGAACUUGAGAUCCCUAAAAAAGCAACAAUCUAAAAUGUGAUAAAAGGUAGUUCGUGCGAGGGAAAAAAUCAUCGUGCUAAUUUGUUGAAUGUAAUACAAACAUAUAAUAUCGAACUGUACGUAUGGCAGGUUUUUGCUGUCCAUACCUACAUACACAAACACGCGACUAAUAGGUAGAUAAACGAUUAAACCAAUCUGCUUCCAUGUGAGAAGAUCAUGGGAAAAAGAAACUUAAAAAUCUCCAAAAGUGUUAUCAAUGUAGAGAAUCUUAAUAAACCGGCUCCGAGGCUUCUGUGUGCGGCCAGUAAGAACAGCGCAAAUAAUAAAUUAGAGCUUCUCGUGUUUCAAAUUUGAAAACAAAUCAUCGAAGAGCCUUUUGUACAUAAAGAAAGACUUAUUUUUAUAUACCAUCAGUCAUCUUAUAGUGUAACUCGAAUAAGCAAUCUUUUUCUUUUCGGACAGGUCAAAAUCAUGUCCUGUAUUUAUGUAGCAAUGUAUGUUUUUGUAUAGUUUCCUAUCAGCAAAUUUUAGUUCGUAUUUGUUUAUAAUAAUUAGUAACGAGCGGAUUGCUCCGAACAUUUUCGACGACCGGCUUACAACACUAAGCAAUAGAAGAGAUUUAUUUUCCACUUUUUUUUUGUUAGUGUAAAGCUUAAACCACAACUGCAAGUGAUCUCCGAGGUCUACUGCGCACGAGUUUGUUAUCGGUAGGAAUCUUUUGCGUAGGAAAUCAAAAAAUAAACAAGCUUAGCUGUAAGUAGUUUUGAAUGAAACACGAAAACAAGUAUCUGAUCUUAUCCAAAAACUGUAGCAAUACGAAAAGACGAACUGUAUGCAUAAGAGAAUA